CGGAGAGACAUCUUCGUUACGAGCGGAGCUAUUUUUUUUUUUUUUUUGGACGGGCUUUGUCUCGUGGACUCCUGAAUGAGUCGCAUCGCAUACUCUGGAAAUGUGGCCAGACGUGAGGACAUUGUUACUUUUUUACAUAGCGGUGCCCAGGCUUCUUACCUCAGAAGUGACGAAGGAGUGCGAGGAUGGGCAGUUUCAGUGUAACAACAAAAGGUGCAUCCCCACUUUGUGGAGGUGUGACGAUGACGACGAUUGCUCGGACAACAGCGAUGAAGAGAAUUGUCCCCGCAAAACGUGCGCCGCUGCCCAGUUUGCCUGCCUGAACGGCCAGUGCGUGCCGGCUCGAUGGCGCUGCGACGGCGAAGCCGAAUGUCCAGAUGGCUCCGACGAAGCCCUGGAGACUUGCAGCAAGCAGACUUGUCCGCCCGAGAAAUUCGACUGCGGGGGAUCCAAUAAGUGCGUCUCGUUGUCGUGGAGAUGUGACGGCGAGAGGGAUUGCGAGAACGGGGCGGAUGAGGAGGACUGCGCAUCUGACGCCAAAGCGUGCCCCGCCGGCCAAUUCGUGUGCGCCAACCGAAAUUGCUUAGCCGCGGUGCACGUGUGCGACGGCGACGACGACUGCGGCGACGGCAGCGACGAGCUCAAGUGCGCUUCCCCUCUCACCUGCGGGCCCAACCACCUGCGCUGCAACAAUUCCGAGUGUGUGCCGCUCAUGUGGAGCUGCGACGGCGACCCCGACUGCGCCGACGGUUCCGACGAGGGGCCCGAGCGCUGCGGCGACGGCGGGGUCCAUCUCGCUAACCGCAGGGCCAACUGCACCGGCGAAGAGUUCCGAUGCGCCGAUGGGGAGUGCGUGCGGCUGAGCUGGAAAUGCGACGGCGAUCCCGAUUGCAAGGACAAGUCGGACGAGUCCGACUGCCCCAUGCUGACGUGCCGACCCGACGAGUUCCAGUGCGGCGACGGGUCUUGCAUCCACGGCACCAAGCAGUGUAAUAAGAUCAACGACUGCCCCGAUCACAGCGACGAAUCCGGCUGCGUCAACGCCACAAAAUGCCAGGGCCCCCUCAAGUUCUUGUGCAAAAACGGCGAGUGCAUCGACACUUCCAAAGUGUGUGACUCCGUCAAGGACUGCAAGGACAGAUCCGACGAGCCCAAGAAAGAAUGCGGGCUUAACGAAUGCGCCGUGAACAACGGCGGCUGCUCUCACGUCUGCGUGGACCGACCCAUCGGUUUUGAGUGUCAGUGCCCCGCCGGCUACCAGCUUCUGGACAAGAAGACUUGUGGAGACAUUGACGAAUGCCAGAACCCGGACGCCUGCAGCCAAAUCUGCAUCAACUACAAGGGGGAUUUUAAGUGCGAAUGCUACGAAGGCUACGAGAUGGAUCCCGUCACCAAGACCUGCAAGGCGGAAGGAAAAAGCCCUUAUCUCCUCUUCACCAACCGGCACGAGAUCCGACGGAUCGACCUGGUCAAGCGGGACUACGCUCAGGUGCUUUCGACUCAGAAGAACACCGUAGCGCUCGACCUGGACGUUGCUAAUAACCGAGUCUUCUGGUGCGACCGUUUUCAUCGCAAAAUCUACAGCGCCUUCAUCCACGAGGCGGGCGACCCGUCUCAGCAGGUCCAACUGAUAGAUUCGUCGCUGCAAAGCCCGGCCGCUCUUGCCCUGGACUGGUUGCAACACAACUUGUACUGGACCGACUCUGGUGACAAAAGCAUCUCCGUGGCGUCUGUGGACGGAACCAAGAGACGCAUCCUCAUCAGCACCGAUCUGAGUGAGCCCAGAGCCAUUGCGCUGGAUCCUCAUCAUGGUUUCAUGUACUGGUCCGAAUGGGGCACGAGAGCUAAGAUCGAGAAAGCCGGCAUGAACGGAGUGGACCGCCAGGUGCUGGUGGCUGACAACAUUGAGUGGCCCAAUGGCAUCACUCUAGAUGUGGCGAACCGCCGUCUCUACUGGGUGGACGCCAAGCUGCACCACAUCGCCAGCGUGGACCUGAAGGGAGGGCACCGCAGAACGCAUAUGACGUCUGCCGAGAGACUGGGCCACCCCUACGCUCUGGCCGUCUUUGAGGACCGAAUCUACUGGACGGACCGAGACAAGGCGUCCGUCUUCAUGGCCAACAGGCUGACGGGUCAAGACGUUCACACUCUGGCCGACAACCUCAACGAUCCGCACGACAUUGUGGUCUUCCACCAUCUGCGCCAGCCGCAAGGUCCAGACAGCUGCAAUCUGGGCAGCGUGGCCAACGGAGGCUGUGAGUAUUUAUGUCUCAAGGCGCCACAGAUUACCGAGCACUCUCCUAAAUACACCUGCGCCUGCCCCGACGGACAGGACCUCGGCCCCGAUAUGAGGGCUUGUGUGCCAGCGCCGAGAAACGACAUGCCGCUCAUGCACGCGCUUGCGACCGAAGAUUAUCGGCCACCUUCAGAGAGAGUCUCGCAGGCAGACGCCCGCCUGCGUUUGAGCACCUCGCCCCUUCCCGCCCUGGAAGCGCACACCCCCCUCGGCACGCUCAAGGCGGUGGUGUCCGAGGCGCUCGGGUCGCACUCCACUGCCACCGUCAGCGUUGAGUCCACCACACCUGCAGGUGGCAGUAGUGUGUCACAACGCUCUGGGGGUGAGCAUUUCCUCCUCGGGGAGAACCUGACCGUGGCUAUUUUAGGACUGGUCAUCCCCAUCGUUCCUAUCGUUGGCACAGUGGUCUUGGGCUUGGUCUGCGCCGGCGUCUACCUGGUGUGGCGGAACUGGCGGCGCAACUCCACCAAGAGCAUGAACUUCGACAAUCCCGUCUACCGCAAGACCACGGCCGAGGGCGAGGAGGACGAGAUCCACAUCGGUCGCAGCGAGGCUCUGGGGCACCACCAGCAUCCGUACCCGCAGGGGGUGGUCGGCAUGGGGGUCGUGAGCGCCGGAGGGGGCGCCUGCCCGCAGUUCAUCACCUUACCGCUCGGGGGGAGCGUGGCGGAUCCGGGGACUCAUUGGUAUACGGAGCAGCCCAUGCUCUCCACGGCGUGAGUCGGGAGGGGCUUCGGGGAGGUAACCGAGGAGGUACAUAUCGUCACGUGACGCCCACCGCCCAUUUUAAGCCAGAUUCUGACGGCUCGCCGGAGCUGCAACUAUUUUUCUCGGAUCAUGUUUUGCAUUGAUGGUGUGUGUCGCGUGUCAUCGCUGGGUGUUUUUGUCCCGAGGGUGAGAUGUUUUCUCCGAGUGCCACGGCGCACCGAUGAACCGAGAGCUUUGAUUUGACCUUCAACAAGUUGAAGGAUCAUAGCUGUGCCCGAGGAGGAUCAGGUGCAGGAACAACAAAACAGACGGUUCCGUUUUUUCACUGUGAUGUUUAAAUGUGGGAAAGUUUGCGAGGAGCAAUAUGUCAGCAGGUGCCACAAACCAAUUUUCUUUUCUCUCGUAUUUUGACACGAGGCAUUCCGGUUGUGUUUGCGGCAUGAACGUUUGUCCAGGUGUGCGCAACGUGUCCGAGUAGGAGCCUUUAUGUAAAUAUGUUUUCAUAAGGUUUUGAUAAUGUACAAUAAAAAGAGAAGCUGUACAUAAGAUUUUAGACAAAGUCUUGACACGUAUAAUAAUUUAUUUGUACAAAGAGAGCACCGCAAAUUAUUCGCCAAAGUUGUCAUUGUUGUUUCUUAUUGUGCGUGCUUUUUGGUUUUUAACAUC